CUCAAUUCUAAUGCCAAAUGGUGUCAAUGCCUGUUAACCAUCCUUUCCAUUUAUCCCAGAAAAACGCAAAGCCAAAAAAUCCCCGUAGAGUAUUGUAUCGUCGCUUAGUGGUCUGGCAAACUAGGCUCCUGGAGAGAACAAGAACUGCACAUCACUAAAAAUCACGUCUGUCAACUCAAGGAAGUUAAAAAUUUCUUGAAAUGGCCCGAAAUAAGGCAAGUUUCUCUCUUAUGUUCAUUCAUCUCUGUUUUUCUCAUUUCUCUUCUUUUUGCUCAGUACCUCUCUUCACAAUCAAGUCUAUUAUUCUCCGUAUGGAACUUGACCUGUGAAUUUUCUGAACUCGAAUAGGAGGGUUUGGUAUUGGUCAUCGAUGUGGGUCCUUCUAUGCAUUCUGUUCUUCCCGAAAUUGAGAAGGUUUGCGCAUUGUUAGUGCAAAAGAAGAUGGUCUAUAGCAAGUAUGAUGAAGUGGGAGUUAUUUUAUUUGGCACUACAGAGACUGCAAAUGAGUUGACAAAAGAAGUGGGAGGAUAUGAGCAUGUGACUGUUUUGAGGAGUAUCAAAGUCGUUGAUGAUGAUCUUGUUGGAGCUGUUGAGCAUCUUCCUCGAGGAAGCUUUAGAGGUGAUUUUCUUGAUGCCGUUAUUGUUGGGAUGGACAUGGUGAUCAAGAAAUAUGCAGAAACCAACAAAGGAAAGAAGCGUCUCUGCCUCAUCACAAAUGCAAUAUGCCCAAUUAAAGAUCCAUAUGAAGGAACAAAGGAAGAUCAAGUCAGCACAGUUGCAUCUCAAAUGAAAGCUUAUGGCAUGAAGAUGGACUCUGUCAUUGUUAGAAUGACAAAAGAUCUCGAUGCAAAAAAGAUAAUGGAAGAAAAUGAUUUUCUUUUAUCUGUAUUUUCAAAGAAGUCUUCCUCAAAAACAGUUUAUGUUGAAAGUGCAACUUCAUUGUUGGGCGCAGUAAGAACUCGUAAUAUUUCUCCUGUCACAACAUAUAGAGGCGAUUUUGAAAUCAGUUCCCAAUUGAAGAUCAAGGUAUGGGUGUAUAAGAAAACAGUGGAAGAGAGAUUUCCCACACUAAAAAUGUAUUCUGAUAAAGCACAUCACACUGACAAGUUUGCUAAGCAUGAAGUUAAGAUUGAUUAUGAAUAUAAACACACUCAAGACCAAAGCAAAGUUGUUCCGCCAGAACAUAGGAUCAAAGGUUACCGAUAUGGACCUCAAGUAGUUCCCAUAUCUUCUGCUGAAUGGGAGGCUGUGAAGUUCAAACCAGAGAAAGGCGUGAAGCUUCUUGGAUUUACAGACUCUUCAAAUAUAAUGCGGCACUACUAUAUGAAAGAUGCAAAUGUGUUCAUAGCUGAACCGGGGAAUUCUAAAGCCAUUCUUGCAGUCUCUGCUUUGGCAAGGGCGAUGAAAGAUAUGAACAGAGUGGCGAUUGUGCGUUGUGUAUGGAGACAAGGGCAGGGAAAUGUGGUUAUAGGAGUCCUUACUCCUUAUGUAUCUCUCAAGGACAAUGUUCCGGAUUCAUUCUACUUCAAUGUCCUUCCAUUCGCUGAGGAUGUAAGGGAGUUUCAGUUCCCGUCUUUCAGCAAUUUUCCUUCAGGAAUGCUUCCAAAUGAAGAACAACAGGAGGCGGCGGAUAAUCUUGUGAAAAUGCUCAACCUUGCACCAGCUGAUCGUCAGGAAGCUUUGCUGCCCGAGCUCACACCUAAUCCUGUAUUACAGAGGUAUUAUCACUAUCUUGAAUUGAAGUCAAAGCAUCCAGAUGCUGCUGUUCCUCCACUCCAUGAUUCGCUCAGGAGGAUAACAGAUCCUGAUCCUGAUCUUCUUUCUCAAAACAAGACCAUAAUUGAUGAAUUCAGAAGGUGUUUUGAACUGAAAGAGAACCCCAUGAUGAAGAAAUCAACAAGAAGAUUGUUAAGAAAUAACAUAAGCGGACCAGAUGAGGGAGAUGGAAGAGGUUUCAACAAACCCACUGAUGACCAAGCAGUUAAUAAUAUCAAAACUGAAAAAAUAGGAGACGAAAAUCCUAUUAAAGAUUUUGAAGACAUGAUAUCUCGAAGAGACAGCCCAAAAUGGGUUAAUAAGGCUAUUCAGGAAAUGAAAACUAAGAUCUUUAAUCUGGUAGAAGACUCUUUUGAAGGGGACACAUAUAAGAAAGCAUUGGAAUGUUUAGUUGCUCUACGUAAUGGUUGCAUCCUAGAACAGGAGCCAAAGCAGUUCAACGAUGUGCUACGUGAUCUAUAUAAAUUCUGCAAAGGAAAAGAUAUCAGUAAUUUUUGUGACCAUGUUAUAUCUCGUGGAAUCACUUUGAUUACCAAGACAGAAGCCCCCGACAGUGAUGUUUUGGAGAGCGAGGCCAGCAGCUUUAUGACUAAACCAAUGCCGAAAGGAGAGGCUGUGAAAGCGGAACAGAAAGAGGGUCGAGAUUUCAUAAGUAUAUACUUGGGUGGAAAGUACUAAUAGGAUGAUCUGUGAUCUGUUUAGGACUCCCAUAGGGUUUUUCUAGAUUGUGUCUUAGUAGUGACACCGAUGCAUGUGUAGACUUUAGAGUGCUAUUGUGGAUAGAACAAGUUUUUGUUUAGAAUGCUUAACUUUUUCUAACUAAGGUCUCUGUGCAAGGUUAUAAAAGUAGUUCUGGUCAAAAUAAAUUGCCUUUUACAAGUAUCAACACUCAUUUAAAAUAACCAUCACUAUAAACUUGCCUAUACCGGUCUAAAGAUUAUUCCCACUAUUUCUGGUCAUUCAGGACUGAGAUAAUGCAUUCUGGUCAUCAAUAUUGCCAAAUAACCAUUCUGGGCCUUCUGGCCAUUCUGGGUCAAUCUUGAAUCAAGUGUAUUUUGUUUGCUCUUCUGUAAUGGGCGAUAUAGAUAGAGAUGUAAUCCACACUUCCCCUUUGAGUUUGUAUAUCAAAUUUGAUUCUUUCAGUUGAUAAAGCAAAUAAGCAAUGGAUUGAGUUUGUACAUGCACAUUUAUACUUCGAUUGAAA